AUACCCGGUGGAGUCAGGAUGAGUGCGUUCAGUUCAUUAGCCUUUUCCGCCGCGGAAAUCACCAACCUGCUACCGCUCACGGCUGUGAUCGUGUGCAUCGGAGCCACGAUCAUGUUUCUCAUCAAGGCCGCCGUGAUACUUCGAGUACAGGCCGAUGACGUUUUGAGGCCAUCGAAUGUAACGCAGCAGAACCAUAACGUGCACGUACCACGCCUGAAAAUGACCCGGGUCCACAUACCGUUCACAUUUCGGCUACACGACGCGGGAAACAAUUCAUUCGAUGAGGUGCGUUUAGCGGUGUCCAGUCAGGUGAGGUACUCGCUGCAAGCAUUUUGGGGUGUUUCGAUACGAGAGCUGCACGUGUCGCUGUGGAGAACGUGGAACGAUCUAAGGGACGCAUCAAGCUCGCACAUCGUGGACUCCAGCUAUUGUCAGCAACUGGCAACUAACGUAAGAUGCCGCCAACCACAUUCAGAGCACGUGAUUGCUCUACAGUCACCGAAACCACCGCUGAUCCUUGGAGCUCCUCCUCGAUUAGCGUACCCGCUAGUGGUGUUUAUGAUACGCGAAACCGAACCAGAUGAGUUGCUGCAUCCAGAUGAAACAGUCAUUCUGGUCAAUGUCGUCCAUCUGCGGGAUCCCGUCUGCCCGCUGCCGACGUCGAUUCUGGCCCAAUAUUUAAAGCAAGCGAGUGGUCAACUGUCCUGCUUAAAGCAACUGUACCUGGCCACAGGGGAUCCAAUGACGGCGGAUGAAGCGGCGGCGGGAAUCGGUAGCAAUGGUGGAUCGACCGCUAGUGGAGGCGCUGGUGGCACCGGAUCUUCCGUCCCGACCGGUACCCUAUCCCUCGCCGAACCCGUAGCCUGCGCCGGCAACAAUGAGCCGCUGCUCUGUUCCGAUUCGGCCCCGCGCGAUUGCCCGGUCGGGGAGCAGCUGUGCGUCGUGUGCCAUUAUUUUCCGCUUUCCCGGGCGCUUUUACCGUGCCGACACACGUGCAUCUGUGCGGUUUGUUUCUCCAAACUGGACCGGUGUCCCAUGUGUCGUGCCACAAUUACCAGCUACUUCUGUAUACGUACCGAGGAAUAUUUACCGGCUAAUACGACAAACGAGCUUAAGGUCAACAGCAAGCAAAAAGGCACCGUUCACUGGUUGGACGCGCUGAACGAUCGGCUAACGGACUUUCUAGGCUUUCGGUGAAGAUCCCCACGUGGAGGAGUGUUGUGAUGGAGGAAAGUCAAGUUCCGUCACUAACCAGCGCCAAUCCAAUGUCCGUCGUUGUGGGUCGCUGAAUGUCUUCCGGUAUGGCAGGACGGGCAUACGGUCGGGUUUGUUCCAAUCAAAGUCCUAUGCUAGCAAUGAGAGAGAGAGAGAGAGAGAGAAAGAAAAAAGAGCAGCAGCAGAGGAAGAAAACGAUUUAAAUAUGAAAUAUUUUGAUUAUUCAUUAAGUAUUAGUUAACUUUUCGAUGGCACGUUUUGCUCGCGAACGCCAUCAUCAUAAUAAUGCGCGCGAAGAGAGCGAUACAAGGUGGAAAAGGUGGAAAAGGCGAAGGCGGGAUAUGUAGAGCAAGCCGGAAAUCCGCGAUAACCUGUUUUUGGUCGCGAAACGAUGCACGCCUAUUUGUGCCGAUCCGGUCGGUUGCGUUUCUCCUUGCGAGCUGCUGGGAAACUACCGCCGGGGAAGGUCGGUUCAAAAGGUCCGUUUUAUUGGAUGUGUUAACGAGCCUAAACUAUGAUGCAGUUUUCGAUGAGGAUUAUUUCUUUAGCUGUGAUUUUAAAAAGUGAACGUAAGUGAAAUGUUUAACAAAAAAAAAACAAACGAAACAAAAGAAAAAUGAAAAUCUUUAUCCACGAAUGA